AACUACGACUCCCAUAAUGCUUUGCGGCCUCUACGGUCAACACGCGUCUGCUAAUGUUUACAGCUGUCCGUUAGCUGUAGCCCAGCUGGAACAGCGUGUUUAACCGGCAAACAUGGAGGUGACAGCUGCUCGCAGGUCGUUUCUAUGUGAUAUUGGUUUCUGGGCAGACCGGACCGCCCUGCAUGAAGCAGCGUCUCAAGGCAGAGCUCUGCAGCUCAAACAGCUGAUCGAGAGCGGAUCCUCAGUCAACAUGGUGACAGUGGACAACAUCACACCACUCCAUGAAGCAUGCAUACAAGCUCACCCGAACUGUGCACGUCUGCUGCUGGAGGCUGGAGCCCAGGUGGAUGUACGAACCAUCCACGGCAGCACUCCCCUGUGCAACGCCUGUGCUUCUGGAAGCCUUGAGUGCACCAAGCUGCUUCUAGAGUACGGAGCCAAAGUGAAUCCUUCACUCACAGCUCUGACCGCCUCACCGCUCCAUGAAGCCUGCAUACAGGGAAAUGUCAAAGUGGUGAAGUUGGUGAUAGCCAGUGGAGCUCAGCUAGAGGCGUAUGACGUCCACUUUGGUCCCCCGCUGCACAUCGCGUGUGCGAAAGGACGCGUGGAGUGUGUGAAGGAGCUGCUGAAUGCAGGUCAGGAAGAAGACUGCAGGUCAGGAAGAGGGUUCAAGAAUAAAUCCACCCUUAAGAGAAAGUCUCAAAUUCCUGCAGGUGCUAAAGUGAAUUCAGUGAAGUUCCACGAGACGGCUCUGCACCAUGCAGCUCGAGGAGCCAUGGUGGACAUGAUCGAGCUGCUGGUGGAGUUCGGAGCCCACGUUUACGCCAGCGACAACAUGGGAAGAAAACCAGUCGACUACACAACACCUGCGUCUCCUGCGUACGCCUGCCUCAUGUUUUAUGAGAAUAAUCCUCUGACUCUGCAGCAGCUCUGCAGAAUCACAGUGAGGAAGUUUCUCAGUACCAGAGCCGCGGAGGUCAUAGGUCAGCUGGACAUCUCUCAUAUUAUCAGAAGCUACCUACAAUACUCAGAGCUAGAGGGACCCAGCUCUGAAGCUCUGUAGAAGACUGUUUCUUUAGAUUUAAAGCCACUACAAGGGAGCAUCAUGUGCAAGGUAUAAGCUUACUUUUUAAAAUGCAG